AGGGAGGCCUCUUCUCUGGGGCUAAAACUUGAAGAGUAAAUAGGAAACCUGCAAGGAAUGAGCAGGUUAACUGCAGAGAAAACCUCUGAUGAGAUAGACCUGUGAAGUGCUAGAAGUUGUUUUGAUCGGAACAAGAUGAGGCUGUGUGACAGAAGGCCUGCGUAUCUGGUAAUCACAGAGAACAUUGAGAUGAGGCUCUUCUCUUCAGAAGAAGUAUGUGAGAUGGUGACCACACAGGAAAAAAAGGAGGAAAACGCCUUUGAACAGAGGUACAGGUACUUGGAGCAUCCUUUGGCCCCAUACCCAGAGGAGGAUGAAAAUCUGCUUGAUGAGAUAAAACCAAAGCAGCAGCAAAAAAAUAAAACUAAACCCUCUGUCUGUGAAGAGACCCUCUGUUGCUCGCAUAUUUUUGAUUUGGUAGAAGACGCAGACAUUGAGAUGGAGUCUUUUCCCCCCAUCAGACUUUCCGAUAUCGAGCUGGUGGAGAUGAAAUCCAGUGAUUCUGCCUCUGACACCCCGUCGUCCCCAAACAAAGCUCGUCAUGUUAAAUGGAAGAAACUGAAUCCACAAAAGAUCCGCCAUGUGGUAAAAGAUGUCAUCUGUCUACCAAGAGAACACUACAUGGCACAGUUGGAGGGAUUAAUAACUCCACAAGAAUCUGCUCUGGCAGACAUGGGAUUGACUGCUCGCAUCACGGUGGACUCCACCUGGUCAGCUGAUCAAAUGGAGGGUCGCCUUGCUUUGCUUUUUCACCGGCAUUUUGUAAGGAAUACGGGACAAAUGUUUUCCUUCACAUAUCUACAGAAGCUGCAGGGCUCCAGGAUGCUCUUUGUCCCUGAAACCCCUGCAGAGGGCUGGACUGGAGAGCAAGUACUUAGGAUCAGUGAACAUGGUGCUUUGUAUAUAUUUAGUCACUACAACUAUAAACAGGCACAGUCUGAAAGUUCACAAAAUAAAUCAGCUGUGUUAAACAGCAAAGGGAGUCAUAGUCCACUGGUAGGACAGAACCAGCCUCAUGUCUGCAGGGCUCCGGAGAAGCUCACACUCAACCUGGACACCAUCCUGAGAUUGUUCAGGCUAGAAUCCAUCAAUGGAAAGACAGAAACAUACAUCAAGGUAUGCAGGGAGGAUGUCCUUUCCACUGCUCUGAAGGAGGUGAGGAAACCAGGAUUCUGCUUCAGGUCCAGACCUGUUAUUACCUUCAGCCAAGAGGAGAUGAAAACCUACGAGGAAGCUUCUACAGAGUUCUUCAGGUUAACUCUCCUGGAGCUGCAGCGCAGCUGUGUUUUUGAGGGACGUCCGGAGCGUUUGUUUUUGACCUAUGACCUCACAGCACUUGACGACAGGAUGUAUUAUGAAGCGGGUGUUCUUAUUGGCUGGUCAUUGGCUCAUGGAGGACCUGGGCCAUCCUGUCUACAUCCUGCACUCUACCAGCUGAUGUGUUGCCAAAGUCCAUGUUUGGAGGACUUUAACUGGAAGGACAUUGUUGAUCCUGAAGCACAACUCCGACUCCAAGAGCUGCACAGUUGCAGCGAUGUGAAGCAACUCUCCCCUGGUCUGUGUGACUGGGUAACAAACUGUGGAAUCCAUGGAAUCCAUUGGGCUUGUUCUAAUGAAAUACCAGCCAUCUAUGCCCGAUUGGUAAAACACUACAUCUACCACAGGGUGGCCAGUAUGAUCUCCCAGUUUAUUGAAGGGCUGAACAGCUGCGGGGAAUUGUGGGAUCUGGUAAAGUCACACUGGGAGACGUUUCUGCCAGUAAUGACGAGUAAAGAACAAAAAGCUCUGAGCUUGGAGGAGUUCAAGCAGCUCUUCACAUUUUGCUUCAGUGAUCCAGACUCUGAGCUGAGAGCAGCUGAGGAGGCCACUGCAGCUCACUGGGAAACAGUCCUCACCAUGGUCAGCGAUGGCGAGGCAUAUUUUUCCUUUGAAGACCUCCUUCUCUUCAUCACCGGAGCUGACCACUUGCCCCCUCUUGGUUUCCCCAAACUGAUCUCCCUGUGUUUUUACUCACAGGAUGCAGGCUCAUCAGCCAUGAAUCUCCCACAUGCUUCAGAGGAAUCUUUAGAACUAUUUCUGCCAAGGGGAGUUCCAGAGGCCUUAGACUUGUUGGUCCUGUUAAACAGAGCCUUGCGCAGGGCUCUGGAAUUAAGACUUAUCCAUGAAGGUGAAACUGGAUUCUCUUAAAAAACUGUGCAAUGAUUGUAAAAAGAACCAAACCAACAUUUUAUGGCAUAUAUGUUGUUCGCAGAAAGCAUCUGCUAAACAUUGUAUGAAAAUUUUAUUGCUUUAACACCUAUUUCUGCAAAGUAUUAUGUGUUUCGUGAUCAUUUAUUUUAAAAAGUCUUUAAAUGUCUGUUAAAUAUGGGAUGUUUGAUUUUUAUUGACAAAAUGACAAAGUUCCCCACUGUUUUGUCUUGUUUUCUUUUUGGAUUGUUUGUCUUGAAUUCUAAUCCGUUUUCCUAGAUGAAAAUUCAAGUCAUGCAUCUCCAAAGUACGCAAA